GAGAGAGAGAGAGAGAGAGAUGGAAGGGAAUUCACUGCGCUUUGUCUCAACGAGCCCCCAGUUGUUGCCUUCCUAUUUUCCCACACCUGCUAUGAAUGGUAAGUUAAAUUUCCUGCCUUGCCUGAACACUCCUGUUGGACAGAAGAUGAGGAAACGUAUUUUUGUCAAAGCCACAUCAUCUUCUGGUCAUAACCAUCAGGAUGGGUCUUCCUCCGAGUCAAAGAGUCCUCUCUCUCUGAUUCUCGAUGUUCCGAGGACAAUUUGGAAACAAACUUUGAGACCGUUGAGUGAUUUUGGAUUCGGUAGGAAAAGCGUGUGGGAGGGUGGUGUUGGCUUGUUUCUUGUGUCGGGGGCAUUUCUGUUGGCAUUUAGCUUGGCUUGGUUGAGGGGGUUUCAGUUAAGAUCAAGGUUCAACAAAUAUCUGGCUGUUUUUGAGUUUUCGAAUGCUAGUGGCAUUUGUGCCGGCACACCCGUUAGGAUUCGAGGGGUAAAUGUGGGGAAUGUGGUUCGCGUUAACUCCUCUCUCAAGAGUAUCGAGGCUGAAGUUGAGAUUAGAGAUGACAAACUUAUAAUACCACGGAAUUCUUUGAUCGAAGUCAAUCAGUCUGGUCUUCUCAUGGAAACUCUCAUUGACAUUACCCCACGAGAUCCCAUUCCAUCUCCUUCAGUUGGACCUCUUCAUGCAAAUUGUGUUAAAGAGAGUUUAAUUGUAUGCGACAGGCAAAAGAUAAAGGGGCAUCAGGGGGUGAGUUUGGAUGCAUUGGUUGGAAUAUUUACUCGCAUUGGGCGUGAAGUUGAAGAAAUUGGUGUUGCCAAUGCCUAUUCAAUGGCUGAAAGGGUUGCCAAUAUUAUUGAAGAGGCACGACCUCUUCUUUCGAAGGUGUGCUCUCGUUGUUGUCACUUACUUGAAUGGAGUUCCAUUGUGUUGGAUUUAAUUCUGAAGUGUGAACUAACUAGUGUUGUCAUAUUUACUUGGACAAUGGCUCCUGUAGAGGGUAGACAGGCUCAUUCUAUUAGGUUCUACUAUGCCCUCUUGAGCUCACCCGUGAAGCUGGCAUAUGGUUAUCGGGACCACUCUGGGGUUUUGGCAGCUAAGUGUUAUGUUAGUGCUUUCCCCAACAAUGUAUCUGUUCCGAUGGCCAUCUUUAGAAUAAGAAUGCAAAACGAAAAUGAUUACGUCUUUGAUGUAGUAAUUUUUCAGAUUCAAGCCAUGGCAGAAGAUAUAGAACCUUUGCUGGCUGAAGUUCAAGAUAGUGGUUUGCUAAAGGAUGUAGACAGCUUAACCAAAAGCCUUACGCGAGCAUCUGAGGAAUUUAGAAGGGUGCAGUCAUCAAUUAUGACCCCGGAGAAUACUGAAUUAAUUCAGAAAUCUAUUUAUACCCUCAUAUUUACUUUGAAGAACAUUGAGAACAUAAGCUCUGAUAUAUUAGGAUUUACUGGGGAUGAAGCCACAAGAAAGAACUUGAAGUCGCUCAUCAAAUCUCUCAGCCGGAUGCUGUGAAGAAGAGAAGCAAAUUUCUUGAUUUUACAUCUUGUCUGUGUACCAACAUCAGUUGUCCUGUAGUCGGACACAAGUAAUGUUGUUAUUCUUCUUUUUGUUCAGCUAAAGAUUUGCUCAGAGUGUCCACUAGAUAAAGUAAUUUGCUUAGUUUCGAAGUUUUUAUUCCAAAGAUGGCAAGUAAGGUUUUAUUCCAAGACUAGACAGCGUUAGGCAAUUCAAUUUUGAAAGUAAGGUUUUAUGAUUCAUUGAUAAUGGUGAAAUUUAGCAACUUUCUAGCCUCAGUUUCUAGUCGCAAGGCAACGCUAUAACGUUUAUGACCCAAUUUCAGUCAUAGUUUUUGUGUACUGUGCAGUCUAUACAAGUAAAUGAUAUCAUUUGAUGAAAAUAUACUAAUUCGAAUAUGUAUGAUUAAAUUUGUGAUGUUUUACGAAGUGAUGGAAUUUAGGCUUUGAUUGGAGAUUAUUCCCUAUUCUAUCCGUGGAAUAAAUUAAAACGAAUAUUGAAUAAUUCUAU